AUGUCGACUAACCUACUGUCCCUACUUGGGAACAUUACACUUGACGCUGGUGGUUGCCCAGAGCCUUUCGUCAGCGAGUCUCUAUAUCCGUAUACUGAAGGAUUUACCGGAGGACGCAAUUGCGCAAAGAACCCUCUCGACUUCACUGGCAGGGGAUCAAAAUGCUGCGUCCCAUGCCCCCUGUCUGACUGGGUAAACUCGUCCGACUUUCCUCGAUUGGCGGAUGGAGCCGCCUGGGUCAAUGUCGUCGGCUUCGUCCUCUGUGGCUUCCUACUGCUUUCGUAUGCAGUCUUACCUGCCGUCGCGACGAGAAGAUCGUUCUUGAAUAUCGCGCUCCUGGUUGGAAUCAUGAUCAUGGAACUUGGAUUCAUCGUCCCGCUUGCUCGCAGACCUGAACAAUGCUUUGAUCCCGUCACGCCCAACGACAUGAAUAGCAGCAAUGCUUGCGCUGUCAGUGGAGGACUCGUGGUCUUUGGCGGCAUGUUCACGGUCUGCUGGAUCGUGGUGCGUUCAGUGUUUAUGCAUCUGCAGAUCUGCUGGGACAUUGUGCCUGGCAAGAUCGCCAUCCUUGCUGCCAAUAUCGCAGCCUGGUCAAUCUCGAUCGGCUUGACUGCCGCUGUCCUCGCCAAGUCUGGUGUUUCGUUUCGCUUCGGAGGAUACUGCCAUGUCAACGUUGGGUCUACCUCAACAUACUGGGGCGAGAUGAUCGGCUUUGGCGCCAUUGCAUUGCUAUUGCAAUUGGCAACUUUCAUAUACUGCGCAAAAGUCUACAUCACAGCCGCCAUGCACGGUCGUCAACCAGCCUCUGGAAGUAACGCAGCCAACUCUGUCAAAUCAGCGUCUAGCAAACGUCAAGCCUGGACAGCAGUACGCCGCGUCAAGCAAGUCCUGCUACUGCAAUGGCGCUCCCUCGCUAUCGUCGCAUUGGCUAUCUUCGUCAUCGCUUUUGUGUGUAUUAUCUUCAUCUUUAAGGUCGACUCAUACACCACCUCGGCCUUUACAAACCCGACAGCUGUCAUUCCUUGGGUGUUGUACAUUCUUCAACAGCGCGAUACCGAUGUCUGUCUACCCAAGAUUCAGAAACUGAUUCUACCUCAAGACACUGCAGUGGCUGUGUUGUACGUCAUCGGCUUCGUAGGCAUCGAAGCCUUCUUCCUGCUUUUCAAGUUUGGAAUCCUUAAGGCGUGGGUCAGCUUCCUGAAGGCACCUUUCGAUGGAAGGAGAAAUAGUAGUACGAGUUCCCAGAAUCCUACUUGGAUCGAGCGACCACCGAGGUUUGCUAUUGAUAGAGGAAGCAUGGUCGCGGUGGACGAACCAUUGGGCGGGCAAGCCGAACACAAAGUUGCAAGGCAAGACUCUGUUACUAGUGAGGAUGAUGGGGAGGAUGCUGAUGUGAGAAGGAGACGGGAGAUUGAGGUGCAGGAGAAACAUAUUUGA